AGUUCCUUUUACUUCCUCUUGUCUGCAGUCCCCUUCCCCUAAUAACUCCGCCGCCGCCGCAGCCGCCGCCGUCGUUGCCUGCGCGGCUGCGUCGCUCCGAACCCAUCGCCCGCCGCGUUGUUCCGUCGGAGAUAUACAAUGAGGCUGCUGCAAGCGGAGGAGCUUUUCCGGAAGGUUCUGGAGGGCGGGUCGAAGAAGAAGGCGGCUCGGCUGCUCGGCCUCGACGUUGGCAGCAAGUACGUCGGGCUGGCCGUCUCCGAUGAGAAGAACAGGAUCGCUUUGCCUCUGAGUGUCUUGAGUCGGACAAAGACAAACAUCAACUUGAUGGCAGAUGAUUUCAAAACAUUGGCUUCGAAAUAUUCCCUUGCUGGGUUUGUUGUGGGCUAUCCAUUCAACCUGCAUGGUCAACAUACUUCAGAUGGAGUUCAAGUAAGGCUUCUUGCUGGAGAGCUUUAUCAAACAGGGAAACUUGAUGAUCUGUGCUACACAUAUUGGGAUGAAAAUUUCACCUCAAAGUGUGUUGAAGCCCUCUUGCAUCCUCUGAAUCUAAAAAAUCGAGAUGAGGCCAAAACAAUGACAGAUAAAUUUGCUGCAGUUUGCAUACUCCAGGGUUAUCUUGACAACAUGAACAGAAAAUUGAGACCUUCCGACAAGUCUGAAUCAUAAGGUGGCACCCAAGCUCCACUGAACUAACCAAAGAGCAGGUGGUCAUCUUCUGUGCAGUCAUGAUAGCACCAAGAUGUGAAUGGAGCUCCGUGCCGGUGCUUCUGUUGGCAUCGCAUGAGUUUUGUGGAUUAGGAGCUAACUGCUGAGAGAUCAAACUACCAAUCCAUUGCCUGGCGCAAGCAGAGCUAGUGCUUAGCUGCUCAGGGCGAAAUCGUCAUUGAUGAUGCUAGAUAUGCUAAAAUGCAGAACAUCUCGUGAUGCCAAAGUAUUGAGAACCUCCUAUUUUUAACCCGGCCAUCCAGCCCCUAUCCGCUGAUGAAAUUCCCCGAUGGGGACACCAGAUAAUGCAGUAUGACUGUAAAAGGGCCCAUCGUUGCCACUGAUACGCUUGUCUAGUCCCGUUCUAUACUAUAAUUUCCAUGAGACCAACACUUACGCA